AUGAUCAAGGCGCGGCAGGAAGCUCUGGAAGAAAGAACUGCUUGGACCAAGCUAUCACCUCACGACAGUUUGCUCCUUAGUCAACCUAUAUCAUCACCUCUACCACUGAGCGGAGGCAAGUUUUCUACUCUCCUACAGAAUCUCGGACCUGAGAAUGCAGUAAAUCUCCUUGUGUUUGCAGUGACUGAACAUAAGAUCCUAAUCCAUUCUUUACGACCUUCUGUUCUAACAAGCGUGACGGAAGCACUUGUCUCUAUGAUAUUUCCUUUCCACUGGCCAUGCCCGUACAUUCCUCUUUGCCCUCUGGCCCUGGCAGAUGUUUUGACGGCACCCUGCCCGUUUAUUGUGGGAAUUGAUUCAAGAUACUUUGAUCUCUAUGACCCUCCACCAGAUGUUAGCUGCGUCGACCUAGAUACGAACACCAUUUCACAACCCGGAGAGAAGAGAAAUAUUGCCUGGAAGAUCUUGCCGAAGAAACCUUGCAAAAACCUGUUGAACACUUUAAAUAACUUGUAUCAGCAGCUAGCAGAACUGCAGCAGAGACCAAGGGGUGACACUUUGAUGGAACUGGCUAUGAAUGACUACGACUUUCAUUCGGGAACGAAGAUGCAUUUGUUAGAUAUGGAGAUCCAGGAGGCGUUCCUCUGUUUCAUGGCCUCACUGCUGAAAGGCUACAGGUCCUACCUAAGGCCUAUUACCCAGGCACCUUCUGAGACAGCGACAGAUGCCAGCUCUCUCUUUGAACUACAAGGAUUCUUAAAAAGUCGCGAUCGUUCGCAUCAGAAGUUUUACACCAUGAUGACGAAGACGCAAAUGUUCAUUCGCUUCAUUGAAGAGUGCUCCUUUGUCAGUGAUAAAGACACAAGCCUGGCGUUUUUCGAUGACUGCGUAAACAAAGUAGAUACGGAUAGGACUGGCGACGUACGGCUUAUAGAACUGGACGAGUCCUACAGAAGUGAGCAUACUGUGUUCAUAACUCCUCCAGAGAUUCCUCAUCUUCCCAAUGGAGAAGAGCUUCCUUCUCAGUACAGCUAUAGUGGGUUUCCUGUGCUGAGGCAAGACUUGUUUGAGCGGCCUGCGGGACUCCUGACAACAAGGAAGAGCAGAAUGCCCUCCAAAGCCAGCAAUCCCAACAGCCCCCUGCCCAUGUUCAGGAGAACAAAGCAGGAAAUCAAGUCAGCCCAUAAGAUCGCCAAGAGGUACUCCUCCAUUCCUCAGAUGUGGUCCAGGUGCCUGCUACGCCACUGCUACGGCCUGUGGUUUAUCUGCCUUCCUGCGUACGUCAAGGUGUGCCAUUCCAAAGUGAGAGCUCUGAGGACUGCUGACUUAAUGCGUUGAGAAAAAAUGCACGCCAAAAAGAUCGAUCCUGAUUGAGGUAAGACUGCUAAGGAUCGCUGGGUGUUGGUGCCUUUUCGGUGAUGCUAUCGGGUGUUAAUGUAGCUCUGUGGACAAUAUGGCUAACCGGGUGCUUUAACGCAGAGGAUCCUUUGAGAAAUGAAAAGUCGCUGCUGACUCCAAAGCGCCAUUACGUAUGGAUACUAUAACAAGGCAGUUUUGGAAAGCACCUGGCCUUCAAGCAAUCGAAGCGGCUACUUCUUGUGGACAAAGAUAAGGAACGUGGUCUUGGGAAUAGCACAGUUCAAAAGAGUGCUAAGGAAGCAACCUACAAAUGGCAUCCACAAAGGCCUCUCUGGGGAGCAUUCAGAUCUCCUGUACAGGCUGUCCAAGGAAGUGGUCAAGCAUCAGAAAGGAACUUCUCAGAAAAACGGAGGAGCCAAGGAAGAAAAGAAAGAGAGUGACUCGAGCUCGCUGUCCGAAGUAGAGAGCGGAAAGGGAAGUGGAGAUUGCCUUCCUGCGUUAAACUACCAGCAUUCCAACAACAUUAAGCGUGCAUCGAGAAUCGUUCGCGUCAAUAGCACAAUUGGCAAAGCUGUGGAUAUAGCAGGAGAUGUUGACACAGAAAGCGCUGCCGGAUUGCUGUUCUCAACUUGUUUUGAGGAUACCAACAAAACGAGAGUUUCUAAAGCAGAACACUUGAGAAACAGGCCCUUGAGCCCAGCUAAAACAGACAACAGACGGACGGUUUGGAGAAACAGGAAUCGCCAUCUGAGCGGAGACGUCCUAUUAGAACUCAUGAAAAACCGAAUCAACCAAGAAACAAGUCCUGGCGAAGUUGUCCGAAAACUCGGCACGGAUGCCAAAAUCUUUUCUAAAGUGUUUGAGAAGAGAAUCAGGCCGAAAACGCUCAACAUCAGGCCAUCUUCCUCGGGUCCCAGUAAGAAAGGAGGCGUGGACAAGGAAUCCAGCGACGAGGACGUGCCCUUUGAGGACAGUUUCACAGACAAAAUUGAGUCUCCGGUUAUAUUUGAUUUAGAAGACCUGGACGAUGAGCUUGUCUUGACAAAAACCGUUAAGCUGCCGAACAGAAGGCCCAGGAGCAUUCGGCGAGCAAUCAGCUUCCCAGUCAAGCCUGCCGAGAAAACAGACGUUGAAACUGGAUUCGAUCCGCUCUCCUUGCUGGCGGCUGAGACGAAACCGCAGCCAGAGGGUGUGGAGGAUGCCGAUGAGAAAAAUGUCUCAACCCCCUCCACCAGGCGAGACCUAGCCGAAGAAAUAGAAAUGUAUAUGAACAAUAUGAGCAGUCCCUUGACGAGCCGCUCGCCGAGCAUAGACUUGCAAAAAGCCUACGAUGACAAGAACGCCCACAAAAUCAGUCCAACUCUGACAAAGUCUGGCCGGAGGUCAAGCCUCCCUCCGAACUCCCCCAGGCCUGUGAGCCUUCCCAAAUCCAAAAGCUACCAGGUUAAAAAGGAAGAAAGAGUUCGAAACAGGCUUUGGUCCUCUCCGACGUUUUCUCCAAACAGUCUAGCGAGGGGACAAUCUGAGGACGCGGCCAGCACGGCUGCGCUUGCUUCUCCCACCUCGUUCAAUUUGGAUACGCUGCUGACUCCUACUUUUGACGUUCUAAGGAACAGCAUGUUUUCUGCGGGGAAAGGGGUGGCGGAGAAGGCCAGUCGGUGGUACUCCAAGUUUGCGACAUAUGCAGGAUCGUCAAAGGAUCAAAACUCAGACCGAGCAAGCGUUUCAUCCCUUGGGGCCCUUGAUUCAGAAUCUACCUCUCUGACCGAUGAAGACGGCUGCAAUGAUUCUGAAAGCGCUUCGUCCCCUCAAGAAAACGUCUCCUCUGUGUUGAAGGGUAUCGGCCUAAGUAGGGCAAGUCUUGAAAGCUCAGCUUCCCAUAACGGCUCGUCGAACCGAUUCUUGCAUGGCUCUCUUUCGAAGUUCCUUUUGCCCGACAAAUCAGACCUGUGGUCGUCGUGCAGCACGAGCAGCACAAGCGUCUUCCAGAACUACGCCAUGGAGGUCCUCAUUUCAAGCUGCUCCCGCUGUCGAACCUGCGACUGUCUGGUCCACGAUGAGGAGAUCAUGGCAGGCUGGACGGCGGAUGAUUCCAACCUGAACACUACAUGCCCCUUCUGUGGAAAUCUAUUCCUGCCUUUCCUGAACAUUGAAAUCAGAGACCUCCGUGGGCCUGGAAGAUAUUUCCUGAAGUCCAGUCCGUCUUCAGAGAACAUGCAGCUUCUUACCCAGACUGCAAAAUCCUGCCUCUCUGAUCCCUCUUCAGGAUGUACUACAUGUCUGAUAUCUGCGCAGGAUGACUUGCAUUCGAGCAGCAGCUCCAGACGGCCUGUCGCGCCCUGCGCCAAGAGCAUCCAGAUCCCUUCUGGAAGAAGACAAGGAGCCGCUCGGAGCGAGCACAUCACUCACCCCUUGUCGAGGAGCAUUAGUGUCUAUGGUCCCCUGGAGGCAGAGGCAAAAGGGGGCUGCAAGCACAGCCACGUCGUUCCCACCGGAAGUCUGCCGACCACAUUGCAGGGCACGGCCGACUCUUUGGAGCUGGAGUGGCGGCUCCCAAGCCCAGAGCCCAUCACUGUCCCUUACCUGAGUCCCCUUGUCGUAUGGAAGGAACUUGAAAGUUUGCUGGAAAACGAAGGGGAUCACGCAGUCACCGUGGCAGACUUCGUAGACCACCACCCCAUUGUGUUCUGGAAUCUUGUGUGGUAUUUCAGACGCCUGGACUUACCCAGUAAUUUACCGGGAUUAAUACUGUCCUCUGAACAUUGCAAUAAAAAUUCAAAGAUUCCCCGAAGUUGUAUUGCAGAGGACAGCAAAUACGUUCUCAUUCAGGUGUUGUGGGACAACAUGAAGUUGCACAAAGAUCCAGGCCAGCCUCUUUAUAUUCUGUGGAAUGCACAGACUCAGAAUUAUCCCGUGGUUCGCUUACUGCAGAAUGAUAACAGUUUGUUUAACCAGGAGCUUUUAAGAAGCAUGGUCAAGAGCAUUAAGGUGAACGAUGUUUACGGCCCAAUGAGUCAGAUCUUGGACAGACAGAAAAGGUGCCCACAGAUGAAAAGACAAAGGAGUCUGUAUAGAGAAAUAUUAUUUCUGUCUCUUGUGGCACUUGGAAGAGAGAACAUUGAUAUAGAGGCUUUCGACAGAGAGUAUAAAAUGGCGUACGAUCGUCUCACAGCGAAUCAGAUCAAAGACACCCACAACUGCGACAGGCCUCCGAGUAUGGGAGUGAUGGAAUGUCGGAAGAUUUUUGGGGAGCCGUACCUCUAAAACGGAAAGUUGGCUGCAGGGUUCACGUUUUCAAAAUUACUUCUCCCAGACUCUUCACUUUCUCCAUUUAAAAAGGCCACCCUCUUUUUCUUUUCCCUUCUUGAGAUAUUUGGGAUUUUUGGAUUGCGGGGAGGGCAGAAAGUUACUGGAAUGAGUGGUGUAUAACAAGCAAAAGAUGACUUUGAUUUUUGUCUACGAACCGCUUAGUGGAGAAAACUGAAAUGGACCAAAACCAUGCACUAGAGUUGGCAUGGAUGAAAUAAGCUUUGCAAAACUGUUUACAUUUUGAGGUCAGAGUGUUACCAUGCGCAAACCAGAGUUGUAUAAUAGCAUAUUUUAAAUUAUUUAUAGUUCGUAUUUUUUUAACUUUUAAAAGCUGUUAUAUUGAAUUAAGUGAUCCUGUUGCAAAAGCAAUACUUUUCUCCUCCCUUGGAAUAUUGUUGUUUAUAACAACUGAUCUUUUUGACAGAAAGCCCUUCUUUUUUUUAAAAAAAAGUAGUAUAGAAAUUUCAGUACAGUUCUAGGUGACAAUUGGGUUGUAUGUGUGUACUAACCACAAAAAACAAACAAAUCGUGAACUUAAAACUGCAAAUUUUAGCUGACAGGUCUUGCAAACUUGUAUGAAGCUUUAAUGAUUGUUUGGCACUCUACUGUAAGGAGUCUCAAAGCGGUUUACAAUCACCUUCCCUUCCCCUUUACCCCUACAACAGACACCUUGUAAGGUAGGUGUGACUGAGAACAUUCUGAGAAAACUAUGACUAGG